UCAAAACUUUUAGAAACCUUUUCUUAUUAUUUAAGCUUUCUUGAACCAGGGAGGUUAAACUUUGAAAAUGUUUGUUCAAACAGUGUAUAUAAAAAGUAGUAAUCGAUGUUCUAUAUAUAUAGUCCACAGCAAGAGGAAUCAGGCUCAUCUGGAUGAUUAUAAUGACAGAAAAGAUAGAAGUAACAGCAGCUCUACAGACUCAAGUACACAUGACUCAAGACGAGGCAGCCUUUUGGCAAAAAGCAAAGCCGACUGGCGCCUAGAACCAGAGGAACUUCACCACGUCUUGGAGAAAGUCAAAGCUGAGCGUGAACGGGAAGACGGAUCAUCAAUUCUAAGCCCAGUAGCUCCCAGUACAGACACAAGGCUUAGAUCACGAAGUUUUCCCCGUCCCCGCAGUUGGAAUGGAAUGAUUGACAGUGGAAUUGAAAGAGCAAAUUUGAAAUCAGCAAGACAAAUGGGGAUGAGUAAACCACAACAUGCAAGUGGGGGAGGGCAGGUGUCCAGUCGGGAUACUUUUCUUGAGACCCAUCUCCCAUUAAGAUCUCCCAAAAAGACUGGAGAGAGAAAGGAUUACUCUCCAGGAAGUCCAACUGAAAUUGCCUGGCCUAACCUUUUGCCAGGAUUUAUAAAUAAGAAAUCUCCGACAAGUCAUUCUAGAGAUAUUUCAAGAAAUGGUAAUCAGCAAAACUUGUCAGGUAUUACCGUAAAUGUUGAUUCUUCUAGCGUUGUAAAUAAUAACCAAAUUUCUGUACAUAAUCACAAAACAAGGUCUCUUCCAUACAAUACAGGAAGCUCAGAUGUGUUUGAGAAAUUUAAUAAGGGAAGUGAUCAUCUAGGGCCAAGGUGCAGUACUCCUUCUAAAAAUGUGGAAGUCCAAAAAUAUGAUGAACUUGAACCAGUAUCGCGCCGAAGGUCAAAUAGUCUCACACGUGCAAUUGAUGAAGGUAGACUCGACAUAGUGGAUGAGGCUGAUCUCCGGCCGCUGGACAUUGAAAACGAUUUUCACCUGAUCAGUCAGAUUACAGAGAUGAACCAAAAAAUGUUACUCAAUCAGUCACGGAGUAGCUCUCCGCAAAACGAACUAAGCAUAGGAGAGAACAAUUCUCUGAGCUCUAGUAUCAAUUGUCUUAACCGCCAGGUUACUAAGCCGACAAAGAGAUGGAGUUUUAUAAAAGAAUCCAGCAAAGCAGGGCAGAGAAGUGCACCUGCAAGUGCUCGUAUGACCCCAGUUGGAACACCUCUGGGGAGUCCUGGUUUGAAACAUAAAAGUUUACGUCCAACCAAGGAUUCUUAUUCAACUUUGGUUAAGUUUAUGGAUUAUAGGCAGCGUGCUGACUCUGCUGGGCAAUCAGAUGUUGAAAGAAGAACUCUCUCCAGUAGGUCAAAAGAAAAGCGGAAGAAAAUACAAUCCCUGUUACUGGACCAGUCAAAGAGUUACCAGUCUCACAUAGGAAUCAGUUCCCCAGAUUUACUGGGAACACAACAACAUUCUGGUAGUCGAUCCACUGUUGAUGGUAACCUUGACAUUUCAGUAGAUGCUAGGUUUAUGCCAAAAUAUAGUUCUUUGCAAAGAACUGGACAAAGACAGCAUCAUAAGCCUGUCCAAAAAAUGUGCAGUGACUCAUUGGUUAAUAAUAAUAAUCAAAUAGAUUGGCCACAGAAAUCACACCAUAAACCAUUGGUAAGGACUUAUGGUGUUGGCAAAGAUGUUACGCUAAGAUUAAGCUACUCUGAAAAUGAUGGGCUUUCAGAGAAGAUGGUGGACCAACGCCAGCAGAUGGAAACUAAUCUUGAGGAUUCUUCGGACAGCUCAAGCCUAACUAGCUUUGAGUCUUCAAUUGGAAAUCUGUCCAUAAACUCUCGUUCACCUUCCCAAGCAACUUCCACUGACAUCAGCAUUGAACAAUGCGACAAGACAGAUGCCUCCCAGAAUACAUCACCAGUUGCAAAGAAUACUAUUAGUACAGCUGUAGUUAUACGAAGGCCAAAGGGACGCGACUUUCGGCGCCCGAAAUCAAUGCCAAAUUUUGAUUCCUAUCGUGUCGACAGUGCCUCAAACUCUUCACGUGAAAGCAGUAGGAACAUGGAAGAAGAAAAGCCACCAUUGAAGGCUCGACCGCCGAAGCCAAGAAGGGCGCCAAGGCGUUCAAAAUCCGAUCUUGGAGGAAAGAAUACAAUUAAAGCAGCUUUGAAAGCUGCCGAAAGAGCUGCAAUGAAAGAGGCUGCUGAACAAGAUGUUAUAGAGAAAGCUGCAAAUGAAAUAUUGAUGAAUGCUGAAAGACUUACUGAGAAAGAGCAAUUUGGGACAUUAACACGGAGGAGUUCUGGAAGUAGCAUGAAUAUGAAUGGUAACAUAGGGGACGAAGAAGAAACAGAAAAAGAGGAUGCUGUUGUGAGGAGAAACCGUCGCAGAGGUGUAGUUACCAGGCCAGUUUCUGAUCUUGGACCUAUGAACUUUGACUUUAAUUUUAAUGGAGAUACAACACCACCAAGGAACAGAAAGGCCUCAAUUCCAACCGUACUGCAUAAGGUUGAUAGUCCACGGACGCUCAUCAAGAGGUCACAGAGCAUACCCAGUGACUUGCACAAGGAAAAAUUAUGCAAUGUUUCAAACCAGCUGAAAUCUAACGGUACCACUGACAGACAUCCUGAUGUAAUACCACGCCAUUCCCAAAGCACAGAUACUUUAGCAGAGGAUAUGUGUAUAACAAUGAAUGCGGCUGAUGAUGAUGUUUUAGUGUAUGGUGAAGCAUUGUGGGAUCAUGUUACAAUGGAUGAAGAAGAAUUAGCAUUCAAAGCUGGGGACGUGAUCGGCGUGACUGACAUGCAAGACAAGGAGUGGUGGUGGGGUCAAGUGGAUGACCAGGAGGGCUGGUUCCCAUCUGCCUUUGUCAGAAUCCGUGUAAAUCAAAAUGAAACUGUGGAAGAACAUUUUGAAAAGAUGAGCUCGGGACAGAUAACUGCCGAUCAGACUGUCCGGCGCACAAGUAUGAGCUUCCUCAGUAAACGACAAGUGCGGACAAACGUUGUCAUGGAGAUUUUAAACACGGAAAAAGACUACAACAAACAUUUGAAAGAUUUGUGUGAGAAGGAUGGAUUUAGCAUCUAUGCAGCUUAUUGCAGUAACCACAGCCGUGCCAUUACAGAACUACGCCAGCUGUUGCGAAGACAACGAUAUAAACAUUUCUUUGAGGCAUGCCGUUUAUUACAAGCCAUGAUUGAAAUUCGUAUAGAUGGCUUUCUUCUUACUCCCGUCCAACGUAUAUGCAAAUAUCCCCUUCAGCUUGCUGAACUCCUUAAAUACACGGGCACAGACCAUCCCGAUUACAAUAACGUGAAGCAAGCCCUUGAAACAAUGCGGAAUGUAGCAUUUGCGAUCAACGAACAAAAACGGCUCAUAGAGAACAUUGAGAAAAUUGCUCAGUGGCAGAAAAGUAUCGAGGGCUGGGAGGGUAAAGAUGUUCUUGAAGUAAGCACACAGUCUUUACAUUCCGGAGAAGUGUUCAAAGUAUCGCAUUCAGGUCUCAGAAAAACAGGACGGGUGCUCUUCCUCUUCGACCAUCAACUGAUUUUAUGUAAAAGGGAUAUUCUUUGGAGAAGUCAGCUGGUUUACAAAAACAGAAUUAACCUUGAUUCUUGUACUUUUCUGGAUGUUGUUGACACCAAAGAUAUUCGCAAUGCAUGGAAAACCACAGACCACGAGUCUGGUAAAACGUAUGUGUUCUGUACCAAGUCUCCUGAGGAGAAACAGAAAUGGUUGAAGUCAUUCCAUCGAGAACGUGUACUUGUACAUGAGGAGGAAGAGCGAGGUGUUUUAGUGUCAUCUAGUGCAAGGGAGGCAGCCAUGAAAAAUGCUGCACUAACUGAAAAACCUAUCAAACCAUCAGACACAUUAUUAAAACGCAAGGUUCCACUAAUGCCAUAUGAAUACCAACACGAAAUCAUCAAACCAAAUGUUAAACGCAUGGUGCUACCGCGAGGAAUUUCAUCAUCAGAUGGCAGUGAAGUCGACACUUCUAAACGACGUUUACUCAACUGGUUCUUCAAAGGAAAGAGGUGAUGGGAAAAAGUCAGUAGAGAGAAAUAGUCUCUAGAAAACAUAAUACUGGAUGCCACAGUCAGGGUCUUUGAGCUAAAAACAUCUUGUGCGGACACUCUAAUUGACCAAACACGUUGAAAAAUUAGCAGCAAUAACAAGAGUUAUCUCUUCCAGAUAUAUUUGAAAUAAUGAGUAGUGCCGGGAAGAAGUGGAGAUAAAGAGUGCAAUUCAUUGAUCAUGUGACUGUUUAUGUGACUGUUUGGAAGUACUGAAUUCUGCAGUUAACUCUUAAUGCAGUGUGUGUGUAUAUGGUAUUAUAGAAACACAACCAGUAUCUUGCCUUGAACCACUUGGAAGAGUACAAUCUCUAUUUAAUACAAAUAUAACAGGUGUAAGAGAUGGCAGUUGCUUAAACAGGUAGCUACAGCGUGAUUUAUCAGAUGGCUUUGGUAUAUUUCACCCAGUACCGGCAGCUAUGGCAUAUUUUUUCCAAGCAUGUAUACAGGUGUUUAUGAGGUGUUUAAUACAUGUUUACACAGGUGGAUAUAACUUGUUUACCAGGUGUUUAUACAGGUGGGUAUGAUAUGUCUUGUCAGAUGUUGGUAUAGGUGGCUAUGGCAUAAGCAUUCAUUACAGGUGUAAUGUUUACAAGGGGUUUACACAGACAAAUAUAACUUAACAGGUGUCCAUACAGGUGGUUAUGAUAUGUUAUGCAAACAUAUCACUGUGUUUGACUAUUCGUUCAUACAGGUGACUAUGACAUGAUCAAAGUGGUGCAAGGUGAUGAUUAGCUUUGUGCUAUGUGAAUACAUUGGUAUGUCUCAGUAUCUCAAACCUUUGAUCACAAUUAUAUUGACAUUUGAAUACCCAGUGGGAAGUACUUUUGAUACUG